ACGUUUAGGAGGAAACCCUACUGGGUGGCUUAGAUCGGCCGGAGCCGGGAGAGCGGUGCCGCCCAACAACCUUGGCCGCCGGCCGGGUGACCAGCUCCGCCUCUUCUCGUGUCUUUUCCCACAGCCCAAAAUGGCGGCGGAGGUGGAUUUUGGAGAUCUAGAGCUGUUCGAGGCGUUUGACCACGCCGAGGAGUCGAUUCCGAAGCCCGUUCACACCCGCUUCAAGGAAGACGACGGCGACGAGGAGGAUGAGAAUGGAGUCGGCGACGCGGAGCUCCGGGAACGGCUUCGGCAGUGCGAGGAAACCGUCGAGCAGCUCCGCGCCGAGAAUCAGGAACUUAAAAGAAAAUUGAACAUUCUCACUCGACCAAGUGGAAUAUUGGUGAACAAUACUAAGUUAGAUGGACCUUUAUUACAGAUUCUAUUUAUGAACAAUGUUAUUUCAAAGCAAUAUCAUCAAGAAAUAGAGGAAUUUGUAUCAAAUUUAGUAAAAAGAUUUGAGGAACAGCAGAAAAAUGAUGUGGAAAAGACUUCCUUUAAUCUUUUGCCCCAGCCAUCCAGUGUUAUGCUACAAGAGGACCAUAAAGUAGAAGAAUCCAGUGACGUUCAAAACAACAAGGAAGCUUUUAGUGUUGUAGGAAGUGUCCUGUAUUUUACUAAUUUUUGCCUUGAUAAAUUGGGGCAACCGCUACUAAAUGAAAACCCUCAGCUUACGGAAGGAUGGGAAAUACCCAAGUACCAGCAAGUCUUCAGCCACAUUGUUUCUCUAGAAGGGCAAGAAAUACAAGUAAAGGCAAAAAGGCCAAAGCCUCACUGUUUCAAUUGUGGUUCUGAAGAGCAUCAAAUGAAAGAUUGCCCAAUGCCUCGGAAUGCUGCUCGAAUAAGUGAGAAGAGAAAAGAGUAUAUGGAUGCCUGUGGUGAGACAAACAAUCAGAAUUUUCAGCAGCGAUACCAUGCAGAAGAAGUAGAAGAAAGAUUUGGAAGGUUCAAGCCAGGAGUUAUUAGUGAGGAACUUCAAGAUGCACUGGGUGUGACAGACAAGAGUCUCCCACCUUUUAUAUAUCGAAUGCGCCAGCUAGGAUACCCACCAGGCUGGCUUAAAGAGGCUGAACUAGAGAACUCAGGGCUUGCACUCUACGAUGGCAAAGAUGGUGCUGAUGGAGAAACAGAAGCUGGAGAAGUACAACAAAAUAAAAGUGUCACUUAUGAUCUCUCGAAAUUGGUAAACUAUCCAGGUUUUAAUAUAUCUACUCCCAGAGGAAUUCCAGAUGAAUGGAGGAUGUUCGGUUCCAUACCAAUGCAGGCAUGUCAGCAGAAAGACGUGUUUGCCAGUUACCUAACUUCUAACUUUCAAGCGCCAAGUGUAAGGUCCAACAGCAAGAGGGCUUCAUCUCAGUCCAGCCCCAGCAGUCCAAAGAAGCAGAAGAAGGAGGGCAGCUUGGCAGCCUCACCCGCCGACAUGGAGCUCGACUCAGAUGCAGAGGUCCCAAGCAGUGAAGCGUUUCAGUUUCAGCCCCCGCUGCCCCCUGGCACUCCUCCCCCUCUACCCCAGGGCACCCCUCCACCCACCUUCACCCCUCCGCUCCCCAAGGGCACCCCACCACUGACUCCCAGUGACUCACCCCAGACCAGAGCGGCGUCUGUGACUAUGGAUGAGGAUGCACUGACUUUGGAGGAACUUGAAGAACAGCAGAGGCGGAUAUGGGCGGCCCUGGAGCAGGCAGAGAGCGUCAACAGUGAUUCUGACAUUCCCGUUGACACACCUCUAACUGGGAAUUCGGUUGCCUCUUCACCUUGUCCGAAUGAGCUCGAGCUCCCUGCCCUGGAGGAAAAACCAUCUGAGAAGCAGAUGCCAGAUGAGGCUGAGGUACCAGACACGUGUACAAAGAAAUCAGAGGUUGAACAGUGCUCAAGUCCAGAUUCUGAGGCUGCCUUGCUCGACCAGAAGGAAAAGGAAGCUUCUGCUCAGGUCAGCUGCAAAGACGCUCCCCUCGGUAAUGGCAGCGUCGAGUCAAACUGUGCCAUCAGCAAUGGAGGUGGCAGCCAGAAGCUCCUUCACGUGGACACCAGUCCUGCCACGGCCCCUAAAAUCCACAGUCCCAUCCCUGACAUGAGCAAGUUUGCAACCGGAAUAACGCCGUUCGAGUUUGAGAACAUGGCGGAAUCUACUGGAAUGUACCUCAGGAUAAGAAACUUGUUAAAGAACUCACCUCGAAACCAGCAAAAAAACAAAAAAACUUCUGAAUAACUGACAAAAUACCAAGAGCUAUUUAAUUAUCUAUAACUGUGCAUUCCGGUGAUUAGUUCUAGGUGGACAGGUGGAGUUGUUCUCCUUGUCCCUCUCAUGUUGAAAAAUCUAUCCAAGGCUUAAUCGUGGUCUAAAGUCAGGCCUCUUUUAAAGAACGGAAAAACUGUGCUUGCUGGUUUACUAUAUUUUAUUCUCACUGAUAAAAACUCAAAAGAGGGAGAUGUAAGUAUGGUUUAGAGAUAGUUAAGGUUUCUACUAUUUUUGAAUCGUGAGUGUCUGUCAAGAGUGGUGAUUUUUAUCUGUCUUUUGUACAUUGUUUUCCCUUUCUACACUUUGCUAAUUAUCCUGUAUGUAAGUUUAAUAUAUCACUUUUUAAAAGAAAAAAAUCCUAACCAUUUAAAAUUCAUAUUUCAACUCUGACAACCAAAUGAGAAAAAUCAGGGAUGAACAGCUUUAUCCCAUUUGGGGUAUUUUUGUAAGUAAUUUACAUGCAUCAAUUUUAAUAACACUUUUACUUUUUUGUAACUUCAUUCUUCAUAUAAGCUUGCUAUACAGGUAUGUUCAUCUUUGUGUACAAAGUUUAAUAAAUUAGUUUUCAUAUA